UAUAAAAUUACUUUAUUGGGGAAAAUGAGACUUUUGGAUCACAUUUUUUUAGUAGUUUUACCGAUAGUAUUACUACCGACUCAUAUUUCUCAUGCAUCAAUUACUGAGACCACACCUUUUGCGGAUUAUGGCGACACGACCCUGACACCACACACGGAGUGUACCACUGCUUCUGGGGAUGUCGGAAAAUGCACAACUUUCAGCGAAUGUUAUCCCCUCGCAUCACUUUCACAAGACAAUUUUGAAACUUCAUUAGAACAAGAAAUUUUGGAAACAUCGCGAUCAGAGUUAUGCUCAAAUUCUACGAUUUGUUGCAAAAUGGGGAAUUUUCUCUCCGACGGGAUUUUGAGUGAUGACGACGAAGAAAUUAAUGUGAAUCAGUCAUCACCGUUUUAUGAAAGUGGAUCAAUCUUUCCGAAAGAUUGUGGACGCUCAUCCCUCGUAAAUUGGCGGUGGGGUGGAGCAAGCAAAGGAUUUUUGUGGAGUAACAAAGGUCAAAAGAUUACUGGGGGUAGGACCGCGCUGCAGGGUCAAUUUCCGUGGAUGGUAGCAAUUUUUGGCAAAAAUGGUAAAAUUACUUGUGGAGCUACACUAAUAACGAGGGACUUUGUGUUAACUGCAUCGCACUGUUUGUCAACAUAUUCUUCAUCCGACCUGAAACAACUAAAAUUGCACAUUGGGGACUACAACAUCAUGAGCUUAAAAGACGGUCCGCACGAAGUGAGACGCAUCGCACAAGUCAUUCUCCACAAGCGAUUCAAUACCCAAACAUAUCACAACGACGUCGCCUUGAUACGAAUGGAUAAACCUGUCACCUUUUCGGACCGAAUUCAACCCAUCUGUCUUCCCCGAGCCGACACCAACAUACAGCAAGUUGAGGGCAAGGCUAUCAUUGUUGCUGGUUGGGGUCGUGAUCGUCAAUGGGGCUAUGAUUCAGCGAUCCUUCGCAUGGUAGAAAUGCCGGUCUGGAAACUUGAAGAAUGUCGCCGAAUUUACGACCUUUUUGCCCCCAAUCGCAUCAUGUCAUCCAUGAACAUUUGCGCAGGGGACGGAAGGAAAAAUAAGGACGCUUGCAUUGGCGACAGUGGUGGACCGAUGAUGGCCGAGCAAGGAAACACCACGCCCUCAACGAGACAUAGUAAUUCCCCCCUCGUACAAUUGGGUAUUGUCAGUUGGGGGAAGGGGUGUGGCUCAUUUCCAGGAGUUUACACUAAUUUGGCCACGUACGUGCCCUGGAUAGAAAAACAUAUUAGAGCUAAUGCCAAUCUACGAAAAAUAUGAUGAUACUAAAUUGUUUUAAAUAUUAUAAAUUAUAAUUAAUACUAAAUAAUAAUUAAAUUAAUAAAUCUUCCUCGUUUGUGGUGGUCU